AUUCUUGGUAUUCCUAUCUUGGCCAUCUUUCAGACGCAAAGAAGCAACCUUAUGUUCUUCAACCCGAAGCGUGGCCAUCUUCCCUCGCGCUUCUCUUUCUCCCUUUAUAUAUAUCUCCCUCCCCGGCCCCUUUCUCGCUUUAGAGCCCUUGUGAGCUCAUUCGUUCGCCAAUACAAGGCUCUUCCGAUGAGAAGUUUCUGAUGGGAGCUCAGAAAAGCAUCCAUGCCGGAAAAGCGAAGAUAGAUUUCAAUGUGGACCUAACACACAAGCUAUGCGGAGCUCUCUUAGUUCCAUCACUCGGGAAUUCUAGCAGUCCUUUUUCACAGAUUGUUGGCAGGGUUAGCAUUAAGCAUCCCGACAUUUUUGGAGGAAGUGAAAAGCUUGAUUUGUUGUGGGAUAAGGGUCUUCAGGACUCUAAUGUAGUUGUUGCUAUUAGACGGCCAAGGCCCGAGUGGCUGUCCCAGCAAUCAUUCAUCAUUCAGCAUUCAAUCACUCCAGAGAUUGCAGUACAUGGGAUGCCAGUCAAUAGAUUAUCCCAAAUGGGGAGUGGCGGAAUCAAUAUUUCCCGUUUUUCGACUGGAGUUGAUCUUACCGAGCCUCCUAGUACCAAGUGGAGUACAAAAACCAACAUUAGGUUUGAGCAUGUCAGUGUUAUUAAUGAUGAUGGCCGACCAAUAAAUCUAGAUCAUGACGGUUUUCCAAUAACUUGCAGUGGCACUUCCCAUGAUAACAUGGUUGUAUUAAAGCAGGAGUCACAAUACGCAGUUGCUGAUGAUAAUAAAUUUUCUAGGUUGAAUUUUCAAAUAGAACAAGGCUUGCCUCUUCUAUCGAAGUGGCUAAUUUUUAACAGAUUUAAAUUUGUUGCUUCAAAAGGAGUUAAAAUAGGGCCUGCUUUACUUGUCACAAGCCUGACAGGCGCUUCUAUUGUAGGGGAUAUGGCACCUCAUCAAGCAUUCUCCAUUGGAGGAUUCGGCAGUAUUCGGGGAUAUGGAGAAGGUGCAGUUGGCUCUGGAAGGUCAUGCCUGGUUAUGAACACUGAAUUUACAGUUCCUUUGUCAAAACGGUUGGAAGGGGCUUUAUUCAUGGAUUGUGGAACAGACUUGGGAUCUGCUCAUCUUGUUCCUGGUUACCCUGCCAUUAGACAAGGAAAACCAGGACAUGGAGUUGGAUUUGGUUAUGGGCUUCGCCUAAACUCUCACCUCGGCCAAUUUCGAGUGGACUAUGCUGUCAAUGCCUUGCAAAGAAAGACCGUAUAUUUUGGCAUCAACAGUCUUACUGCUUGAGAAAUGCUUUCUCUGUGCAUAAACCACUCAGAUGCAAAUGAUCCCUCUAAUGGAAGGCAUUUUUCAUUAUGACUAUGGAGGUUUUAUAGUGCCUUCUUUUCAAGUUGAAAUGGAAUAAGAGGUAAGCCAACUCUGGAGUAGCGUUCUGGCCUGAGGCCAAUUCUUGCAUAUAGUUACAUGUAAAGUUCACAUUCAGAUUACAAUUAUUUCCAUACAAAUUAUGUAUGAGGUAUUUAAAUCUCAGCAUUUAUGAUUCCUGCUUUGAUUUUGAUAGGGGGAUGUUUGCUUGGAAAUAUUGAGUGUAUUGUAUUUUGUCUAUCAAUGUUUUAAUUUUUU